AUGAUUGACAGACAUGCUGACAUGAACCAAAGAGAAUUUUACACAGAAAGCUCUGAUUUUGACGUUGAAACCUUUAAUCUUAAAGAGUACUUUUGGAGCUGCAUUUUUAUAACUAGGCCAACUCUUUUUAGAACGCUUUGAUGCUUUAUAUUUUACACAACCCUUUCAUUUUUGGUUAAGGCAGUUUAUAUGACUUGCAAGCGACUAAGAGUUCGGUGGUGUGCGAACAGAUAUUUUGAUAUGCUUGGGCCUGCAUUUAGAGACAUGCAGCUUGUGAAGUUCAACCAAAGGCUGUAUUUUAAAAAAUUACAUAGCUAUGAUUAA